CCUGUCCAUUCCCGAUAAGCCCGGAGAUUGCUCAAAUGGUAAGAGCUUAGGGCAUAAAAUAACGAGCUCCCUCUCUCUCAACUCCUCAUUUUCCCUUUGGAUGAAAACAAACAUCUCUCAUUUCGUUUAUGUUAUCAGAAGAAGAACCCUAACCUCAUCUCUCUCUUUCCCUCUCUUUCUCUUGCAGACAGUGAAAGAGGCACAGGAGGAGUUGUGAAGGAAGGAAUAAAAACUAAAGACUUGCUUCCCGAGCUUAAAGCAAGUUCCAUCCUUUUCAGUUUGUGAGUUAGGAUUUGAAGCUUAAACGAAAAUUCGCGCUUUAUCUAGUGAAGGUCGGGUAAUUUUUGGAGCUACCACAUCAACUAAGUUAAGAAUGUAGAUCCGUUAGCUCAGAACGGCUGUUCCAUCGAUCAUCGCAAUGAUAUUGCAUUUUGACGUUACAGAAUUUCAGAAUCGCAAGGGAUCAAGUAGUAUUAACGAAGCAAAAAAAGGCUCAGAUCGGAGUUUUAAUCACUGAGAGAAAGUGACGCGUGUGCAAUUACAUCUCAGGCGUUCUGAGCGGUUUCUGCAGAAUAGCAAAGGCAAGAGACACACACAGGACACAGCUCAUCUAUUCACAGUGACCUUUGCUUCUGAAAGGACUGCAAAAGCUAAGCGAGAGCUGCUGACAUUUUCGGCCAUCGAACGCGAUAUAUCGAAGCCCUUUAAAGAAUCCCUUUAUCACAACCCAAUCCCAACUUCCCAAGUACUGAGAACUCGUCAUCAAUGCUAAAGGACAGCGCCACCUCCACUCAGAAACCCUAAUUCAGUUUGCUCUUAAGACUCCAAGGCUCUAAGCAGAAGAGAGAGGAGACGACUUUUCUUUUCUCUCUCUAGAGUCUAGUCUCUCUCUUGUCAGUUUCGGAAGAGGGGAGAGAUAAAAAGAGAGAAGUAAACCAAAGACCUUGUUCUAGUAUUCUCAGGAAAGGUAUGAAAGCGGUAUGGAGGUGGACGACAUUCACACGCAGCCUUGUAAGCUUUCGAGGUUCGAUAACGGUAGAAUCGAUUCCAACAAGAUAGGACGAAAGGCAUCAGGAGAGUACCAAGAUGAUGAUGAAGACGAUGGAGAAGUUAGAGGUGGAGGAGGAGGAAGAGGAAUCAUCGGUGGUGGCGGUGGAGCUGAAACUGCCCGUCUGAGCACAUGGACUGGGUCUCGUAUAUUCAGGGUUUCAAGAGCAUCUGGCGGGAAGGAUCGGCACAGUAAGGUUUUGACAGCGAAGGGGCUCAGAGACCGAAGGGUUCGUCUCUCAGUCGCCACAGCUAUACAGUUCUACGAUCUUCAGGAUCGUCUGGGUUACGAUCAGCCCAGCAAAGCCGUUGAGUGGCUGAUUAAAGCUGCGGAGGACUCCAUUGCUGAGCUUCCUUCUCUGAACAGUACCUUUCCGGAGACCCCCAAGCCAAGCGAUGAAAGGAGGUCUAAUGCCUCACAGCCAAGAUUUGAUCCAGCUGAUCUCGAAUUAGAAAUUGAACCCGCGUAUCAGCAGCAGCAGCAGCAGCAGCAGCACAUGUCCUUGACGAAAUCUGGAGGGAGCAGCCCUUCGGAGACUAGUAAGGGUUCUGGUUUGUCUCUGUCCCGGUCUGAAAUCCGUGUGAAAGCCAGAGAGCGUGCAAGGGAACGAGCAGCCAAGGAGAAGGAGAAAGAGAAGGAGAAGGAAGAUGCUCAUGUUCAUCAUCACAAUCUAAACCCUAGUUCUCAAAACGCGUCUUUCACCGAGCUACUCACUAGUGGUGGAGCUACUGGGGCUACUGACAAUGGCAAUAGCCCCCCUGAAUCAGCCCACCCAGGUGGAUCGAAUUUUGUCCACAAGACCAACCGGCAUUUGUCUUCGACCCCGAUGGAUUACUUUGGUGCUGGGAUGUUUGGCACAGCGUCAUCGAGAAACAGUCAUUCUUCUGGGUUUUCAGCUCCAACUCACUUUGGGAAUCCUCCUCAGCCGCACUCCAUGACAAUGCAAUCGCCUUUCGGUGUAACUGGCGAUCAUCAUCAGGAGUUGCAGCAGUUUUCUUUCAUGCCAGAUAUGAUCCCAGUUGCAACUGCGGCAGGAAAUGACUACAACUUGAAUUUCAGCAUCUCUUCCGGCCUCGGUGGUUUUAAUAGGGGGACCCUUCAGUCCAAUUCACCGUCUCCAAUGCCUCACCUUCAGAGGUUCUCUUCUCCCGUUGAUGGACCAAGCGUACCGUUCUUCAUGGGGACUGCAGCUUCAGCUGCCACUGCACCAGUGGAGAAUCAUCACUUUCCAUCUGGCGGGUUCGACGGACGUCUGCAACUCUACUAUGGUGGUGAUGGUUGCAGGCAAUCAGACCUGAAGGGAAAAGGAAAGAACUGAAAUCCUGGAUGAGCAGAUGACUCACGACCCCGUCUCGGUUGCAGGCAAGUGUAUGAAAUGCGUUGGCGGGCCAUGGUGGAUGGAUGGAAAAGCCCUUUCCUGCCUCAGGCGAAAAAAAAAAAAAAAAACAGCAUUAGUUUAUAUUCAGUUCCUGAAUUAUCACUUUAUUCAGCUCACAUGAACUCAGUGAUUUUAAUGCAUAUAUGCAUUGACGGUAUGUGUUUGGUGAGAUACUACAUCUCACACCAGACGAUUUCAAUUUCAAUUUGUUUCAUCAUCAAA